AUGAACUCCAUCAAGGUCACCAGCGCCGAGGUCACCGCCGCGAGCUUCAGAAAGAUCAAGCUGGUCGGCAAGGGCGAUGUCGGCAAGGUCUUCCUGGUGCAGAAGAAGGAUGACAGCGCUCUCUAUGCCAUGAAAGUCCUGUCAAAGUCCGAGAUGCUCAAGCGCAACAAGGUCAAGAGAGUGCUUGCCGAGCAAGAGAUUCUGGCCAUGUCCAACCACCCGUUCAUCGUGACUCUCCACCACAGCUUCCAAUCUGAUACCAACCUCUACUUCAUCAUGGAGUACUGCAGUGGCGGCGAGUUCUUUAGGGCUCUGCAAAACCUGCCAAAGAGAUGUCUUCCGGAGCUGGACGCCCGAUUCUAUGCCGCCGAGGUCGUUGCCGCCCUCGAGUAUCUGCACCUGCAAGGCUUUAUCUACCGAGACCUGAAGCCCGAGAACAUUCUCUUGCACCACACCGGCCACAUCAUGCUUACGGACUUUGAUCUCUCGAAGCCCACGCAAACGCCCGGCAAGCCCACGUUCAUUGGCAGCACAAACCCCUUUUUGAAUGACUCGCUGAAAAACUCGGUCGUCGAUACGCGCUCUGUCCUGGCCAACACCCGAACCAACUCGUUCGUCGGCACGGAGGAGUACAUUGCUCCCGAAGUCAUCAAGGGCUGCGGGCACACCAGCGCCGUCGACUGGUGGACCCUUGGCAUUCUAAUCUAUGAGAUGAUUUACAGCACCACCCCCUUCAAGGGCGCCAACCGACACGGCACCUUCAACAACAUCUUGCACCUCGAGGUCUUUUUCCCUGACACCGCCGAGGUCUCGAACAUGGGCAAGUCGAUCAUCAAAAAGCUCCUCCACAAGGACGAGACCAAGCGACUAGGCAGCAAGUCUGGAGGCUCGGAAGUCAAGAACCACCCCUGGUUCAAGGACAUCCACUGGGCCCUGCUCCGCAACUGCUCGCCUCCGAUCCGCCCCAGCCUGACGGAUCCUCUCUCGCUCAACCUGCGACACCUGGUCGACAACAGCAGUCUGGACUUUGACAACGAGCACCGGACGCAGCGAGAUCCAAACUCGACCGAGCGGGAUCCCUUCGAGGACUUUGACUCUGUUACCAUCCACCACCAAACUGACCAGUUCAACAUCCGCGACUUGCGGCCUAAUUAA